GCUGAAAUAACUAGAUCGCUGCUGAAAAUGGUGGCUUCCACCUUCCCUGUCUCAUUCUCAGUUCGCCGGCACCAGCCAGAGCUCAUCGCCCAGGCGAAAUCGACGCCGCGGGAGCUGAAACCGCUGUCGGAUAUAGACGACCAAGAAGGCCUGAGGAAACAGAUUCCCGGCAUCAUUAUUUACAGAAACGUUAAAACCCCUUCAUCGGAAGGAAUCAUAUUGAGAGAUCCGGCGAAAGCGGUGAGGGAAGCUCUGGCGGCGGCACUUGUGUUUUACUACCCAAUCGCCGGCAGGGUCGUGGAAGGGCCUGACCGGAAGCUGAUGGUCGAUUGCACCAGCGAAGGGGUGCUGUUCAUCGAGGCCGACGCCGACGUCGACGUCGCGCUCGACGAUCUCGGCGACGCCAUCAUGCCGCCGUGUCCCAACUUGGAGGAGCUUCUGUACAACGUGCCUGGCUCCGAUGGGAUCAUCGGUUGCCCUUUGCUCUUUUUUUUUUUUUUUUUUAAUACAUUAAAUAAUACCUUUUUCGGAAUAAUCUUGACGUAA